UAGGGGUUGGGUGGGGGGUUUAGAACCACACACACACACAUAGAGUUAUAUAUUUAAUCUGCAUUUUUUUAACCCGCUUCUCGGACGCAUCCACCCGCCGUCUCCGGUCCACGCAAAUAGCUUAUGGAUGCACUGGUCUCGGACUUUUUUGCCUCAGAAAAUGGACACGAUUGUGACUCUCAAAGUGAAGUAAAGUCCGGGAAUGCUUGCGGAUUUGUCCCCAGAAGGGCUUCUGCGAAGAAGAAAAAGAAAUCCAAUGGUCGACACUUCAAACCGAGCUUUAAACCGAGCAAUAACGCCCCGUAUCUACCUCCGGAGGCUGAAGAGGGUAAUAUAGAGUAUAAGCUGAAGCUAGUGGAACCCACGCAAAGCCGUUUGGAGCACCUGGUCACGCAAAUGAAAUGGCGGCUCCAGGAGGGUCGCGGUGAAGCCGUCUAUCAGAUUGGGGUGGAGGACAACGGCAUGUUGGUGGGACUGUCGGAGGAUGACAUGAGGGCGUCGCUGACGACCCUCCAUAAGAUGGCGGAGAAAGUUGGGGCAGACAUGACCAUCCUUCGACACUCUGAGGUGGACUACGAUGCCGAUCAGCCUCAUACCAUCGCUGAAGUCUUGAUUCGGAAGGUCCCUGAUGACCAACAGUUUCUGGACCUGCGAGUCGCCGUUCUCGGUAAUGUGGACUCGGGCAAGUCGACUCUGCUGGGUGUUUUGACGCAAGGCGAGCUGGAUAACGGGCGGGGGAGAGCGAGACUCAACCUCUUCCGACAUCUCCACGAGAUCCAGAGCGGGCGGACGUCGAGCAUCAGCUUUGAGAUCUUGGGAUUCAAUAGUAAAGGAGAGGUGGUGAACUACAGCGAGUCUCGAACAGCAGAGGAAAUCUGUGAGAGCGCCUCAAAGAUGAUCACGUUCAUGGACCUGGCGGGUCACCACAAAUACCUAAAGACCACCAUCUUUGGCCUCACCAGCUACUGUCCUGACUUUGCCAUGCUUGUUGUCAGCGCAAAUACUGGCAUUGUCGGCACGACGUGGGAGCACCUGGGCUUCGCCCUGGCCCUGAAGGUGCCCAUCUUCAUCGUCAUCAGCAAAGUGGACCUGUGCGCGCGGUGCAUCGUGGAGCGCACCGUGCGUCAGCUGGAGCGCGUUCUGAAGCAGCCGGGCUGCAACAAGGUGCCCAUGUUGAUCGCCAACACGGACGACGCCGUGGCGGCAGCGCAGCAGUUUGCCCAGUCGCCCAAUAUCACGCCCGUCUUCACCGUGUCCAGCGUGUCCGGAGAGAACCUGGACCUCCUCAAGGUCUUCUUCAACAUCAUCCCUCCUCUCAGCAACAGCAAGGAGCAGGAGGAGCUCAUGCAGCAGCUGACCGAGUUUCAGGUGGAUGAGAUCUACACGGUGCCAGAAGUGGGGACGGUAGUGGGCGGUACUUUGUACAGUGGAAUUUGCCGGGAGGGAGACCAUCUCGUCGUCGGGCCCACAGACUCGGGCCGCUUCCACAAGCUGACCGUCGGGAGCAUCCAAAGAAACCGCUCCGCUUGCAGGGUGCUGCGGGCGGGCCAGGCUGCCACGCUGGCGCUCGGCGAAUUCGACCGGACGUUGCUAAGAAAGGGGAUGGUGAUGGUGAGUCCGGAGAUGGAUCCCACCAUCUGCUGGAUAUUCGAAGCAGAGAUAGUGCUGCUCUUCCACUCUAAGACCUUCCACAAGGGCUUCCAGGUGACCGUGCACACCGGCAACGUGCGACAGACAGCGACCGUGGAAGCCAUCUAUGGCAAGGAGGAGCUGAGGACGGGGGAGAAGGCCGUGGUGCAGUUCAAGUUCAUCAAGCACCCGGAGUACCUGAAGGUGGGCGCCAAGGUGCUCUUCAGGGAGGGGGUGACCAAAGGGAUCGGCCACGUCACCAAGCUGGAGCCCAUCGCUCAGUACCCCCCAGGCCCUUGAGAAGGAACCGUCCCAUUCAUAUAUUUAUUUUUUUAUUUCUGGACAAGCCUCCACCCAAAGGCCAGUCUGCAUUUCAAUACCUGUCAACCUCCGAAGCUUUCACUGUGUCGCCUCACGCACUUUUCAAAGAAAGUUGUCUUCAAGCCGGAACACAAAGGUCUUGUGCUCUUCGCCUUGUGGACCUUUUUGUCCGUCAGAAGCUCGUUUUACGUCCACAAAGCGUGCCUCGCCGCCACAACGCCGUUAUUGUAACGAUUAUUUUCAGCCUUUUGGAUACACCAGCUAAAUGCAGCUUUAGCAGAAACUGUUGGAAUUCGGAGCCAUGACCUUUGAAAGGUACUCACUGCGGGCUCUUUUUCAAGUUACUGAUGUCACACACAAACACACGGUGCCUGAUGGAAGUGCCUUCCAACACAACAACAAUGCAGUAAAACAACUCUUAAAGCUGGUGCUACCUUUUUAAGCCAUCCUCUGGACCAGGCCUGGGCAAUUAUUUUCACUCGGGGGGCCAAAUUUAGAGAAAAAAAUGUGUCUAGGGGCCGGUAUAUCUAUUUUUAGGAACACUAAUACAAAACCUCACAAUAAUGUCUGAUUGAAUGCUAAAAACGUUAUGACAGACCGCCUUAAAAAACGUUAUGGAAUUUUACAUUUUUCUAUGAACGAUAAAACACUGAAUAUUGAACAUAUGAACGUCCACGG